AUGGAGAGUGGGAAAGUGAACAGACCAUCUGGAAGUCUGCAUCCAACUAAAAGCCAGAGCAGUGUAUUAUUUGUAACUGCCAAUAACGUGAAACUACCCAUUUUUCUCCAGAACAAAGAUCUCUUUGUCCUAACCUAUGGAGCUCUGGUUGCCCAACUGUGCAAGGAUUAUGAAAAAGAUGAAGAUGUGAAUACAUAUUUAGAUAAAAUGGGAUACGGCAUUGGAACGCGGCUGGUGGAAGACUUUUUGGCUCGAUCUUGUGUGGGACGAUGCCACAGUUAUUCAGAAAUUACAGACAUAAUUGCCCAGGUGGCUUUCAAGAUGUACUUGGGAAUUACACCAAGUGUGACCUGUAAUAAUUCAAGCAGAAAUGAAUUUUCCCUGAUUCUGGAUGAUGUUCAUUUGGCUGCUGAUGUUACAUUCUUGCAAGACAGACUAAAAGGCGACAGUGUGACAGAAAUAGGAAUAACAUUCCUGAAAAAGCUAGAUGAGAAAAAAUACAGACGGAAAAAAUGAAGAAUAGCAUGCAAAAUGUCACAGGCUGAUUAGUGGAGGAGCUAAUAUUAGCUAAACACAGACAGCCAUUGAAAUUUUGAAUUGCUUAAUAGAACGGGCUUUAAGAGGAUUAUAAAUUAGCCCGAAAUUUGAAAUGCAGUACACUGGGAUAUAAAGCUGUUGUAUUUUUCUUUUGCUCUUAAACCACACAUUUUCAAUCUCAUGUCAAAGUUUCAUAUACAAAUAGCUCCUUAUAAGAUAGCAAGCCUGAAUUGCACAUAUUACUCAGUCCAGUCUAUUCGUUUCAUUAUUUAUGGUAACAGAAAAAAAAUAUCUAUACAGCUGGUAUAUUUAUCUCUUCUCAUUGGAAAAAAAUGAAUGAAAUGAUAAAAUAUAGAGUCCACUAUAUAUAGUUUCUAGAUACUGUACAUUGUAUUCUCUAUAGAAACAGUUCUAUUUGUAGCAAUCUUUCAUAUUUUUGAAAAAUGAUGGAUGUGAUUUUCUCAUAUAUUGGCUUGGUUUAUAGCUUAAGCUUCCUGAAACUACUCUUAAUUUGUAAUCAACAGAGCAAACCUAUUUAUUUGAAUGCUAAUUCGGAAACACUUAGAAAUAGCAUUUAAUUAUAAUUCACUUAAUAUAUUUAAUUUUUAGGUAGCUGGCAUUAACCAAAUUCUUUCCAUUUCUUGUGAAAUAUUACUGAUGGCAAGGCCAGGAAAUCACUAAAAUGAGAGGUAAAUAAUGUUCUUUGAGAAUACUUUCAAAGCUCAUUCAGUUAGAAUUUUUACUAUCAUUUUUAUCCUCUAAAAACCUGACUAAGUAUAUUUUAUCUGUGACCAGUACAUAUUUAAAAUUCAAAAUGUACUGGAUUAAAUAAGCAAUAAUCUUCACCAGACCUCAGCAUGGAAGGGCGACCUAUAGGGCAGUCCGGAAUCUACUGGAUUCUGCAGAGAAGUCAAAUUAAAAGUAAAAGUUACAGCUAGUGUGGCACCAUCAGUUAGAACUGCUGUAAGUGAUAUAGUACUGGUAGACCGCACCUGGAACUCAGGGGGCUGGAGAGAAGGGCUAGUUCUCUUUCUAGUGGCUUCAGCUAAUGCUGACUAGUGGCUGAUUUUCGGUAAUGUGUAUAAUCUCUCUCUC